AAGCAGCGCACACAGUUACUCUCCUCUCACAUAUUUAUGGAUGUUUUUCAAACUUCCUGCUGCGACUGAUGUUUGAAUCUGCUCAGUGACACAGGAACACAGAGAAAAUGUUCACUGUAAACCAUCAACCGCCACGCUGCCAUGAUUUAUUUCUGCGUGGUCGACCGUACAGAGGGGAGCCGCCGACCGUGGCAGGGUUUCUCCUGUACCCGGACACUCCGGCUAAAAUGGAGACCACGUCCCGUGAGGCCUUCUGCUUUAAAGUUGUCCCACAACAAGUCAGAGGCAAAGCACCAGGAAAUUAUAUAACUGAGAACACACUGCAGGAGUCUCACUGUCAUCAUCCAAGCAGCAGCAGCAGCAGGGACAGCAGGACAGACGGUGAAAGAGGACAGACAGCAGUGUCUCAUGAACCAGACACAGCACAGAUGCAGUCUCAGUAUCAGAAGGACUUUCCUCCUCCAUCCUGCUGCCGCAGGAGAACACCUGUCAUCCCACCGCCAGACAACAUCGGCAUCAACCCGGCCUUCAGGAUCGACUUUCACACGGUUCAAAGAGAAGCUUUCCCUGGUUGGUCCCCGGUGAAGCCGCAGGCGUGACCGCGCAGGCGACAGCAGACUGAAAGCAGUCUCACCUGGACAAACAAGCACAGCCUCCGACAGAGAGGAUUAGUGCGUCUGAGAAACUGUGUCCAGUCUUUACCUGUUUCUGGCUGACAUUACUAAGAUAAACCCAUCAAAGUUAUGUUAUUAUAUAAGUUAUGUUAUAUUGUAACCCAUAAUUAUAUUCUUACUCAGGUCACAUGUGUGUUUUGAGGAAUCUCUGCUUUACUUCUGAAGUAAUGAGUGAAUUUUCCAGCAGCAAGAAUGAGAUUGACAUGUUGUAAUGAUGACAUCAGCUGCACCUGAGCUCAGCUGGAGAGAACAAAGUGUCCUCACAGUGACUCAUAUGUGAAGCAUUUAUCUCACCUGUGUUCUUAUUUCUCUCUGUGUUUUGUAACGUCAUGUUUGCAUUUUUCAAAUA